AGCUACUUUCAUGUUUACUUUGAGUACAACUUUUGCCUCCCCUCUGUGAUUGGACUCGCCCAACUCUUACCUUUGACCUCCGGCAUCAUUCAUUUUAAAUCCCCAGCUAAUCCAUCGCAGGGGGUCGGAGCCAUGUUGGCCGGAUAUGCAGCUGGGGGUUGAGGAACAACAGUUUCACCGGGACGAGGCUACCAUGGCAUCCACAUCAGGACUGUACAGACAUGAGUCCAGGGGUCACAGCAAAGCCAUCUUACACAACCUGAACCAACAACGCAUCGAAGACUCGCUCUGUGACGUCACCAUCCUGGUUAACGGGCAGCGUUUCCGGGCACACCGGGCAGUUCUUGCUGCCUGUAGUAGCUACUUUAACUCCGUGUUCACCAGGAAGGAGGUCAGUAGCAUGCAAUAUGUUGAAAUCACAGACAUCACAGCCGAGGGGUUCAGUCAGAUACUGGAACACACAUACACCUCGAGUCUGGACUUGAACCCCGACAACGUUGGAUCGGUGUUGGAGGCAGCACAGCUUCUCAAGGUCACCUCUGUUUCGGAAGUCUGUUCAAAGUUUCUCCACAAGUUGAACAAGCAGGAGAGGCCAGGGGAGGAUAAGAGUGAGCACAGUAAGAGUUUCAGUGACUGUGAUGAGGAAAAGUGGGACGUGUUGGGGAAUGAAGGACAACUAGACGACAGCGUGUCGACAGAUGGCCAACAGGAUAACGAUGAUGAUGAUGAUGAAGAUUAUGAACUUCCCGGCUCUCAUUCAAGCUUCGGACUAGAAGAAGGACACUCAAAGAGAAAGAUACAUAGUGGUGGAGAAGGUGGAGAUGAAAGAAAAGUGGCUCCAUUGAAAAUCAAAAUGCCUUCCUUGAAAAGGCAGAAGGUAGAUGAAAGUGGGGAAGAAAGUGCGUCUGAUGUGAGCUUUUCGAACACAACUGGCUUGGAGGAAGGAUCGUUGGCGUGCGAAGUCUGCGGGAAGAUCUGUUCCAACCUACACAACCUGAAGCAGCACGUCAGAUCGCACAGCAAGGUCAAGCCGUUCGGCUGCAAGAUCUGCGGGACGAAGUUUGUUCAGUUCGGACACAUGCAGCGACACGAGAAACAGCACGAGAUCGAGUCCACCCUUCCAUUUGAGUGCAGUAAGUGUGACACUGGCUUUGCUGUGCACACCCUGUUGGCCCACCACAUGAAGGAAUUACAUGAGGAAGAAACAGAGGCGCUCUGUCGCUGUAAAGUGUGUGGACAGUGUUUUAAUGAGUCAGUUGCCCUACACACCCAUCUGAAAAAGCACUUAGGUGGGCCGCCAUACGAAUGUGAACAUUGUAGAAAGCAGUACUCCGACCAGUGGAAGUUGAGUAAACACAAAGUCACCCACACCCGGGUAUCCACGCCGAGAAAGUCCAACCCCGCCGUAAACCGCCAGAUGGAAAAAAUCUCCACCUUACAGAUGAAAAAGAUACAAAUGGACGGGAAUCCGUACGAAUGCAGUGUUUGCAACACGGAUUUCCAAGAACUGACUGACUUGAUGCAGCAUGUGCACAACACCCACACCAAUGAAGAGUAUCCCUUCCGAUGCAAGCUUUGCAAGAAGUCCUUCCAGCAGCACUUUGCCUUGUAUGGCCACAUGUCCAGCCAUGUCAAGAAGGAUGAGAAGAAGUGUGAGAUUUGCGACAAAGUCUUCAAGGACAAGUGGAAGUUAAAGCGCCACAUGGGCGUACACGAGAGGUCGAGGAUGUCCACGCUCACCGGAACGCCAAUCGCCGCGUCUCUUGCAGAGGAGGCUGCAAAGAAACAAGAGGGUUCAGAUGGCUAUGAUUGUGAGGUGUGCGGAGCAAAGCUCAAAUCAAAGAAAAUCCUGAAAUGCCACCUGCGGCUGCACACGGGGGAGCACCCCUACACGUGUGGCGAGUGCGGCGCCACCUUUGUGCACAGAAACCAGUAUGACAUGCACAUGAGUAAGAUGCACACAGGAGAGUUCCCCCACAUGUGCGAGAUUUGUGGCAAGCAGUUCCGAAUCAGGUCCAUCCUACUGACCCAUGUCAAGAAACAUAAUAUGGAACGGUCCUACAAAUGUGACCAGUGUCCCCAGGCCUUCUUUGUGCGAGUGGAACUCGAACGGCAUAAAAGGAUACACACAGGUGAGAAACCGUACGUUUGUGAUCUGUGCGGUUCACGUUUCUCCACAACUUCCGGUCUGUACGCUCACCAGCGCACACACUCGGCCGUGCGAGAACACAAGUGUGAAGUCUGCGGUAAGACGUUCAGCCAGCUCCACACCCUGAAGCAGCACCGGAGCACCCACUCCCUCCCGUACCGCUGCCACGUGUGCGGGAAGGGCCACGCACGACUCGGGAAGCUCCGCGAACACGUCCUGAAGUCUCACGGAGAGAACGAAGUCGCCCAAGUGCCCAAACCUCGCCGAAAGGGGCCGAACUACCCAACACGGGAAGACCAGUACCCGUCAAUGUCUGGAGUGGAGUCAGUACAACCAGAGCCUCCUUCAGCCACAGAGUUUGCCAACCAAGAAGAGUCCGCAUCGCCGUCUCAUCAUGAUCUCAGUGCAGAUUACGCCAGCGACGCUAGUAAUGAGUCGUCUAGCGCUCCAGACGAGGUGCCCAACAGGCCGUACCCCCAGACCUCCUCCAUCGAUGUGAACAUUCAAGACUUGCAGGAGCAGCAUGCUCGAGCCUUACAGAUGGUAGACCAGCUCCAGGCCCAGCAGAACAGGCCCCCGCCCCUCGGGAUUCCCGAGCUUCACAACGAACCGGUCACCACCGCCCAGCAACAGCCACAGACAACCCUGUACCAUCAGCAGUCCAGGACCAUUAACAUAGGGGAGCUAAGGAACCUAGGAUUUGAUCCCACCACCCCUCACAGGCCCCCUGUCCCUGCGCCACCCCCUGUACCCCCACAUACCAUACCCCAAGGGUACGGUCCUUAUAACCUCCCCCCCACCUUUCCACCAAUGAUGUCUCAGCUCAUGCUCAACCCCUCGUCAGAGGAAAGUGGCUUACCAUACGGACACUAACAACAGUAGAUAGCGCUAAGUCACCUUUAUCCACUGGGUAAACGGGGUAACCUAAAUCCGUUGUCUCUAAACAGAGGGUAUUUAGGGACAUGAAGUUAACGGACGGCAGUUUCAAAUUGCAACAUUUUCACAAUUGUGUAGUUUUAAAUCACCGUCCGUCAACAUGAUGUCCAUAAGUACCCUGUUUUUAGAAACAACGGAUAUAGGUUACCACCGAAUAAAGGUGAACUAGCGAUAGCUGUUGGACAUAUGUUCCUGAACUUCCUGAACUGAAAUCCAAGGCCAGUGGUCAAUAUAAAAUGAAAUGAAAUGAAAUGUGACAGAUUAACAUACUAAUGAAUGACAUCUAUUUAUGCAUUUGUUGUUAAGACAGAGACAAUGUACAUAUAAUGUAUUUAGAUAAUGAAAUGUAUAGUUUUUCUUUUUAACAUUUUAUAGCUAUUUGUAUUUAGAUUACUAGUACAUGUAGAAGCAGAGAAAAUAUCUAACAAGGCAUUGAGUUAAUCUAUCUCUCUUCCUAGUGAUUUAUAGCCUUUAUCUUGUGAAAGCUAGAAUAAUGCCUAGAUAUUGUAUUUAACAUAGCUUUGUAAUUGUUGCACAUACAUGUUUAUUGCUUUUGAAUAACAGAAAAGCAUGUGCAUGUACAUGAAUUUUAGUUUUUAAUAAGGUGUAAGUUUAUAGAAUGAAAGGAGGCAAUCUCUUGUUUGACCCUUUUAUAUGACCUAAAUACCAUAUGCAAUUUUUUCUCAAGUUUCAUUCUUUUCUUUAACUAGUUAAUGAAAACUUGAGUCCGAGGGUCAUGACUAUCUAAGACGUUCACAUCUCACUGUCUCUAGCUUUGAGACUGUUAAUUGUCAGCCCCUAGAACUUUACAUAAGGAGUUCAGUGACAGUUGACAUUAGCCUGAUUACCAAACCCCAGCCCGACCGAUCUCAAGUAUCUGAGGUUGGGGUAUGGUAUCCAGGCUAAGUUGACAUGGACAAUAUAACUUACAGCAAAACAUUAUACAUGUACAACAAAACUCAACAAUUGUAGAUUGGGACCAGUCCACUUCACCAUUGGGUAGAUAGUUAUCCAGGGCUCGAAAUACUGGGUGCAUGUGCACCCAGGUGCACCCAAAAUUGAAACUGUACACCCAAUUUUUUUCAGUGGGUGCACAGGGUGCACCCAAAUAUUUUCUUAGGUUUAUGUAUGGAAAGAUAUCAAGUAUACUAGUAUACAUCAUAUUCUUGACAUCUAAGUGUUAGAAAGGUAAUAAAAAUGUCUGUCAUGUUACUUGUUUAAGGAUUUGAUAGCUUGUAACUAAGUUUUGUUAUUAGGUUUUUUGACAUUCUACUUAAAUUUAAGUGGUGCACCCAAAAUUUUUUUUGUGCACCCAAUCUUUUAAGCUGGGUGCACCAGUGCACCUAAUCUCAAAAAUGAAUUUCGAGCCCUGGUUAUAAGAAGAUGUUAUAGUCUUACUGUUGCAGGUGUUGAAACUUUUCACUUACUGAAAUGUUGAAAGUGCAAUUUUGUUGCAAAAGUAUACACUCACUGUAACAUAGCUAUUGAUAAUAAUGUUGCUGUAGAACUAUCUUUGUAAUGAUAAACAUAGAUGGUCAUAAUUACCUUAUAGCCAUCAUGUUAUAAUUUGAAUGGUCAUAGACCCAUAAUUAUGAUCUUAUAAUGUAAUCAUGAUGGUUUAAAUGUCAUCUGCAAUGUGUUAAACUUUAUAGACAAUGUAAUCAUCAAGUGCAAAGCUGUUCAGUUUCUGAUGUGCAAGCCAUUGAGUUAGCUUGAAGGAUAUGAAAUAUAUUCCUAUUUAGUUAAGGUAUAGAUAUCUCCUGAAAAGGUAUGAUUUUCUAUUUUUAGGCACUAUUGAACUGUUAAACAUGAAUAUUGUGUAUGGAACUUAUUUAAUUGUAUUUUAGAAAUCUUGCUAAUUGCUUAUCUAUGAACCUAUUUACUACAUAACAUUACCUGGCAAAGUGUAAUAGACUCAUUAUACAUUGAGGUUUACUGUACAUACUUGUCAGAAAUGUUCAGUAGUUCACUUCAUGAUAGUCGCAAUAGUCUUGAUCAGUAUUUAAUAUACACUUAUGUUUCAUAUGCAACAAUAUACCUAGACUACCUGACUGCAUCUUAAUAUCUCAAAGACAAACCUUAAUUAGUCAAUUGCUUGAAUGUUAAUGAAUCUUAAUUAUCUAUGUAGUACAAUUAUGAAUACAAAUGAAUAUGCAAGCACUGUUUUAUGUUUGCGCAACUACAAGUAGUUGAUCUUAUAGUUACUCUGGCUAAUGAGUUUAUUAUUAAAUUCACGCAAUUUUAUCAUAGUCAUUUGGAUAUCGAGAGUUCAACUGUGAUGGUAAUAUUUAAUAGUAUUAUUUUUCAAAUAAAAACAGGUAUAACAUA